AUGGCUUCCGAAACUCCUCUUUGCCUCCCAUUCAUCGAUUUCUCGAACCAAAACCUGAAACCGGGAGAGCUCGAAUGGGACUUAACAAGGGCUCAUGUCUUGAAAGCUCUACAAAACUAUGGUUGUUUCGAGACUUCUUUCGAUAAAAUUCCUAUCGAGCUACGAAAAUCGAUGUUCGGGUCCAUCGAAGAGCUUUUCGACUUACCCUUACAGACCAAACAGAGAAACAUUUCCGAAAAACCGUUACACGGAUACAUAGGUCAAAGUCCAGUGGUGCCACUAUACGAGAGCAUGGGCAUUGAUGAUGCUGAUGUUGCAGCUAAAGUCGACGCCUUUACGGAAAAGCAAUGGCCUCAAGGCAACAAGAGUUUUAGCACAACAAUCCAGUCCUUCUCUCAGAAGGUAUCAACGCUAGACAUAACUGUCAGAAGAAUGAUCAUGGAGAGCUUUGGACUCAUGAAAUACAUCGAUGAACAUCUUCACUCGACGAGUUACCUCCUAAGAGUGAUGAAAUACGAAGGACCUGAAACAGAGGAGGCUAAGUUAGGGCUUAAAGUUCAUACCGAUUUAAACCUCCUCACUAUACUCCACCAAAACAAUGUUGAAGGCCUAGAGGUACUAACAAAGGACAAGAAUUGGAUCAAAGUGAAGCCAUCGCAAGAUUCUUUCAUCGUUAUGAUCGGAGAUUCUUUCCAUGCAUUGCUGAAUGGUCGAUUAGACCCUCCUUAUCACCGUGUAAUGAUGACAGGAACAAAGCCGAGGUACUCACUCGCAUUGCUCUCGGUUCCAAAAGCAGGAUAUCUCUUGAGUUCGCCAGAUGAGCUCGUGGACGAAGAGCAUCCACGACUGUAUAAGCCUUAUGAUCUUGUCGAAUACCUCAAUUUCUUCUACAGAGAUCUUACACAAAGUUCUCUAUCCGUUCUCAACACUUACUAUGGAAUGUGA